GCGGCGAGGUUGUGUGAACCUACCAACCCCCCCUUCCGCUGCGGAGCGUAGGCGCCGCUUGAAGGGGGGAGGGGAAGUCUCUCUUGCACCUCUACACAUCUCUGUCCCUCGGGGCGGAGCAGCAAGUGGAGUCCGCCUGGACCUUGUCCUGUAGACGGGAACGGGGAAAGGAGCCCAGACGUGGCAACACAUUCCCACGCCCCUGCAGGACCGCCAUGGCUUAUGAUGACUCCAAGAAAAAAGAAGAUUGUUUAGAGAGCGACCAGACUGAUGGUGUGGGGUUGGUAGCUGGGAGAACACAGCGAGAGAAGAAACGCUCCUACAAGGACCUGCUUCGAGAAGAGGAGGAGCUAGCUGCUCAGGUCAGGAAGAAUUCAAGGAAGAAGCUGAAGGAGAGUGACCUCUUUUUACUGGGGACAGAGUCUCACAAGAAGAGGAAGCACUCCUCCAAUGAGCACUAUUACAGAGAUCUUUCUCCUUUUGAUUUAUCCCUGCCUUUGGAGCCCACUUCAAAGAAGAGGAAAAAAAUAGUCUCUAGUCCACCUUCUGCUGAUACUGCCAUGGAUCUGCUUAAGGCCAUCACCUCACCUUUGGCCGCAGGCUCGAAGUCUUCUAAAAGGACAUCUGAAAAAUCAUCCCAUUCUUCACUCCCUGCCUCUGGACAUUCAGAGGCCAAGAGAGAGCAUCACAAAAAAAAGCCUAGUGGGAGCAGUAGUGACCUGCCCUUGGAUGAUGGUACUUCACACAAGUCCAAAAAGGUGAAACCCCCUUAUGUUAACACUGAAACACUGACCUUGCGUGAACCUGAUGGCUUAAAGAUGAAACUCAUCCUUUCACCAAAGGAGAAGGGGGUGAACCCAGUGGAAGAGCCCUUUCCACACUCACCACCGCCACCAACAAAAAAAUCAUCUAAAAAAUCAUCUCGGGAUGAGCAUGGGUCAUUCCUCCCAAGUCAUGAUAUGCAGAGCUUUCUGAAACCAUCCCGAAAGAAGCACAAACCUCUGGCAGACCCACAUCCCCCUCCAGUUGUGGAGAGCUUUGGCCCAGACACUCCCCUUUUCACAGAAGGCCACAGUAAUGAGUUUGAUCUUCUAGGCCUGGAGCCACAACUGGAAUCGGGCUCAUCCUCUGGAGGUGAGCUGGAAGCUGGUGAGCUGGUGAUUGAUGAUUCGUACCGUGAGAUAAAGAAGAAGAAGAAAUCAAAGAAGAGUAAAAAAAAGAAAGACAAGGAGAAGGAGAAGCACAGGGAAAAGAAGCACUCCAAGUCUAAGAAGAGCUCUGGGCUGUCUUCUUCCCUAGUGGCAACGCCACUGCCCGUAGCCUCGCCCCUGCCAGUUUCUCCAGCCAGCCCACAGUUUGCUGUUCCCGCUCUGCCUCCACCUCCACCUCCUCUACCCCCACCUCCACCUCCUGUUUUUCACACAGACAGCCAGAGUGAGAAGAAAAAGAAAAAGGAAGAAAAAGAAAAGGCAGAGAAAUCAGAAAAAGAAAAGCCAAAGAAGAAGAAUAUGUCUGCCUACCAAGUGUUCUGUAAGGAAUAUCGAGUGAACAUUGUUGCUGAACAUCCAGGAAUAGAUUUCGGAGAGCUAAGCAAAAAGCUGGCAGAAGUUUGGAAACAGCUGCCGGAGAAGGAUAAGCUGGUUUGGAAGCAGAAGGCUCAGUAUUUGCAACACAAGCAGAAUAAAGCAGAAGCUACAACAGUGAAGAGGAAAGCAACCUCAUCAGAGGGUGCCCCUAAACUAAAAGCGUCUCUAUCAGGCAUGCUAUCACCUCAUAAGAAGUCUCCAUCUAGCACUGUAGUCUUACCUUCAUCACCCGUCAAAGUUCCUGAAACAGAUCCUAUUGACGUUGCUGCACAUCUACAGUUGCUGGGCGAAUCCCUAAGCCUUAUUGGUCACAGGCUACAGGAAACUGAAGGUAUGGUAGCUGUAUCAGGAAGCCUGUCAGUGCUCCUGGAUUCAAUUAUCUGCGCCCUGGGCCCUUUAACAUGCCUGACUUCCCAGCUGCCUGAGCUCAAUGGCUGUCCCAAACAUGUUUUGUCAAACACAUUGGACAACAUUGCCUAUAUAAUGCCUGGACUCUGACAGAAACAGGAUCCCGGGACUUGAUCCACUACCGUGUAACUAGUGUGUGUGUGUGUGUGUGUUGUGUGUGUGUGUGCGUGCGCGCGCACGCAUUGCGCUGGCAUUGUUCAAGGUGGGAGGGUGGUCAAACAUGUAAAGUUUGUGUCUGUAAUUCAAAAACAGAACUGUUAGCCGUUUCACUUGAUUUUAUGAACAGCAGUGAAGUUUAAUUAGAGAAAAUCCAUGUUUUCUCCUGUCUGAAUGCUUGUAUAUAAUCUAGAGUUAGGAAGUCUUUUGAUACAUAGAUGUAAUUUGGAAGUUAUAAAUAAAUGAAAUGGAUUUUACUUGGAAACGAUGAGCUAAACAAGUUUUACAGAUGAAACACUACUCUUUUUAGGAAUAAACGUUCUACUUCUCUGAGGGAAAUCAAUGUGAUGGAGCAAGGGGUUGUUUGAAGAGCUGACUGGCUUCUUGUUAUUGCUGAGGAAGAAGACUAUUCUUUUUCCUGAGGGCAUGGGCUGGCACCAGUAAACCUCAGCUUCCCUAUUAAACUUCCCAGGUAUUUAGGGAGAGAAUUCUAAAAUAGAUGUACUCAAAUUCGUUGGAGAAGGUAGGGGUCCAUGAUGUAUGUAAGUAGCAGACCUUGGUGGAAACAUACAUUGCUUGUUCUCCGAUUGUGUCUACUCUGCUGACUUCAGUAUUUAGAAACACUUAUCACCAGCAAUAAAUGGAUGCUGCUCUCUUCUCAUGGUGCUGCCAUUCGUAUUUUAGAGGCAGUGAUCAAGAUGAAAUGAAAGAGCUUAUUGCUGAUAGGUACUGAGUGAAUAGAUCCAGGGGGUUCAGUGUUCAGAGUGCCUGAUCCUCUUUGGGGUAGCACUUCAUUUGCACUCACAAUCCUAAGUGUUGCAUUCUUAUCAUGUGUAUUUGCAUUUUCAUAUAUUGUAUGUGGUAGAUUAAUUUAUAUUGUAUAUUUCUGUAUAUAACUGUAAUUUAAAAACAAAAGAAAACCCUUUCAUUCCACCAAUAGCAUAUGGAAAACAUGUGCUUGCUGUUAUCAUCUAAAUGCUCCACAGGAUCAGGCCUGAGAAGAAAAAGUAGCAAUGGGAUAUAUAUGAUUAGUGGAAAUGAAGUCAUAAAAUUAAGUCAUAAAAACCUUAUGUUCUGCCCUGGUCCCCUUUAUUGCUUGUGAUGUGGAGUUCUGGUAAUGGCAAAAAAGUGAAUGCUUUUGCUUCCAGGCCCUAUUAGUAGACUGUCAGGUUGACUGACUAGAUUCAAAUAAACAUUUAAAUAAAACUGUUUCCAUGCUGUGUGGUAGCAUUUGGAUAAGGUCUCCCUUUCUUGUUUUUCCCCUCAGUGAGCCCAAUGAGGAUAAUCGGUGCUAUUCUAAAAAAUUACAUUUUUUGUGCUGAUGGCCGAUGUCUUGGUUUUCACGUAGUUUAUUCAGAGCUCAAUAUUUAUCUGAACAGCAUCUCCGGCAGUAUUUAAGAGGGGAAAGAAAUCAUGGUGCAGCUCCUUGAACUCCUUGAACUGUCUCAACUGCUUUCUUUCUACAGACACAUGAUACCUGGUCUUAAGGUUUCAGAUUUUUAAUUAUGGAGAGCAGUGUUGGUUCUCCGUGCAUAAAGAUAUAGAUCUCAGAUUAAACAGUACAAUCUGCUUUAGUUGUGUCAUUUGCACUAUGGCAGACUUGAAGUUUUUAAAACAAAAAUACCUAUUCAUAUACUCUUAUUUAAAAUUUGUACAUAUUUGUAUAAUCUCUAUCCUGUGAUAUUUGUUACUGGAGAUCUUUAGACUGAGACUCUAGCAAAUUUUUUUUACAUUUGUUGUUUCUUGCCACUUAGUGAAAAUUGUAUUGUAUAGACAUUUUACUAAUGUAUAUAAACUUUUCAAGAACUUGAA